AAUGGGGACGGCAGGACUCACUGUAGCUCCUUUUAUGUACAGCAGAGGGCAGAAGCUCCUUGGCGUGUGAGUGAGGGAACCACACAAGAGAAAGCCUGACAUUCCUGAGAAAGGAGGAUGCCUAAAAACUCAGAGUGAAUAAAGCCUUCCAGUAGACAGGGAGGUGGAUGAGACAAAGUAAUUCCCUCUCCUGCGGUGGGUCUGGAGCCACAAAAUCUCCCCCUCACAAUCCUGUUUCCUAGUGACUGGACGCCCUAGGGGCUCUCUGACGUGCCAUGCCCCUAGUUAAUACCACAACCUUGUUCUGUCCUUGCUGAUUGCCAUCCUCUGCCUGGUCUGGAGUCCUGUGCAAGGUAGUUGUCAGGAUGGCAGCUCCAGUCCGCUAGUGGACAUUUAUAUAUGGGCACAUACCGUGGCUGAGGCGCUAGAAAUGUGUCUGCUUACACACACACACACCAGCCAAAUAAGGACAUUAACUUUGGUCCAAUAAGGACCUCAUCAGUUACCAACUGAAUCAAAGCAUGGUGGCUUUUUAUUUUCAAAGCAUGGUUUCAGCAAUACAUUCACAAAAAACCUCAGACAUUUUGAAAAAAGUAUUUGGCAUGUUACAUUGCUUGGCUAAAUGAACACUAAAUAUAGACCGACAUCAAGCUGGGGUUUCUGGGCCUUGUAGGAGCACCUGUGCGCUGAAGGAAGGCAAAGAAAGAACCACAGAAUUUGUAAAGUUUUGUUGCAGUUGCUUCUGAUUAGUUUUUUUUUUUUUUUCCUGGCCUCCUAGCAGUCAAAGUUCACAUUUUUGAACAAUGAAUCAUUCCCAGGACAUGGGCCCUGGAGGCAUGCCUGAAGACAGAAAACUUUAUAUUGUGGAUUCCAUAAACGACUUAAACAAACUUAACCUCUGUCCUGCGGGAUCACAGCACCUGUUCUCCCUUGAGGAGAAAAUCCCGGAUGUUGGCACUAACUCAGGAAACGGAAGUCAUAGUCUGUUUUUUAUGGGGCUGAUAAUUGUGUUGAUUGUCAGCCUGGCACUGGUUUCCUUCGUGAUUUUUCUAAUAGUUCAAACUGGAAACAAGAUGGAUGACGUGUCAAGAAGACUAACAGCUGAGGGAAAGGACAUAGACGAUCUUAAGAAAAUCAACAGCCUGAUUGUAAAGCGACUCAAUCAACUGGACGCUGAACAAAACUAAAGAAAUGAACAUCUAAAAGCAGCUGCUAACACCGGAGCUUCGCACUUGACUGGGUGUAGGCAGGGUUAUGAACUGAGCAUGCGCAUUUCUUCAGGCAACAGACUAUCUGAUUCGGAUCCCAACCCUGGGGCCAACUUUCUGCUGCAGGGUUGGGAGCUACUCCAACGCAAAGGGCUAUGGGGGUACUAUGCAGAAAAGGGCUCAUUUUAUGCUAGGGUCCUUCUGCUUCAUUGGGGUUUAGGGUGGCUGACAUGAAGGAGAACCAAAGGUUAGCAAGAGAAUUCGGCUCCGCACCUACACCUUCUCUUACAAAAGGAGCUUUGUCAUCAGAAUAAGUUCACUGAGCCAGUGAGGUUCAUGGCACCUCAAGCACGCUUAUGAAUUCCUGUGACAGCUUGAUGAAUCCAGUGAAUUAUCUGUAUUCAAGGGAACCAGGUGAUGACUCUUCUCAAGAAAAGAAAUUCUGCUCAGGUGAUUAAACUCUGACUCAUACUUUUCCAGGGACAGGGGCUGGGCUGACUUCAGAGCCAGUUGCCUUCUGGUAUUUGCUAGUAGUACUGGUAUGUGUAUGGUAGGGUGGGAGUCAAAAGAGAGAGCCUGAGUUAUUUAACCAAUGUUUAUUGAGCUCUUUGUGCAAACCGUCUAUCUACUUUAGAAGAGUUCACAUUCAACUGGGGAACAAGGGAAAUGUAUGGUUAUAUAUAUAAGUUAUAUAAGCUUUGUUGGCUUCCUUUCUCAUGCAAAAAACCCUCAGUGUUCUGCUGAUUAAUUUUGAAGAAAUCUGAUAAGUCUGUGGUCUUUACUAAACUACAGGAGGAAAUUGUAUAUUUGGAAUAUCUGGAACCUGCCCUGUUUUAGCUCAAAAGGUCAGGUACACAGUUUGUGAUAUGAUAUGCUGUGAUAUAAAUGAGCUUAAAAAGCAUGUGAGUCUUAGAAAAUCUUUUAUGUAAUGCAAAUAUAUUGUGCAAGUUUAUUGAAGAAUGCAUUGCAAUUCUCUCAUUUUGGGCUGAUGAAAACCCUGUCAUUAACUAUUAAACACAAACACACACGUUUACAUUUUACAACACUAGUUGAUGAAAUAAACACAAGACAUUUUACUUACCUA